AUGAGUCGACCGUUCACCCUCACCUACGUGCACCUUCUGAUUCGGGAUGUUACGUUCGACGACGAAGAACACGAGUCGAGUGCCGAGUUCGGACUGCACGAUGGAUGA